AUGAUUUUUUUUUGUUACUUUUGGGAAUCAUGUAAUUUCGCAUUACGUGUUGUUGUUUUUUUUUUAAAUAAAAAAAAAGGGGGGUUCGUUCCACAGUGUGUGUUUGUGUGUGGAUGGGCAGGAACGAAGUUUUUUAAUUAA